CGACAACAUCCUCACCAUUUAGUUUGUCCAACCUGCAAUACCACUUCUGGCACCAUUAAUUUAUACUUCAUUGCCUAUGUACCUCUUCGACCUGUAUCUUGCCGAAUGUAUAUGGAAGGCGACAGACAGCGUAGCUGAGGAGAGACUAUCACCUCGUUGGAAGGAGAUACCGCUGCCUUGGCAGCCUUGCUAUACGACGCACGGUUGAUCUCGAUUGAGGAAUUUACGGGACUAUUGGGGGGAGACAGAAGGAGCGAUAAGCAAAGCUUUCCAGCGCUUCUCGGACUCUAUAGAGAUGUUCAAAUCCCUCAUUGAUCUUAAAGAUCAGGCGUCUUUGCUGCGGAACAGGCCAGAAAAUAAAAAUGGCGACACGGCAGAGGCGGCCCAGGAUCCAGGCCUCCUACAAGGCACCUUGCAAAGCCUGAAUCUGCCAAGAAAGUACUGGCACGAUAAGCUGGGGAGCUUUUACAAGGACCAAUUCAAUCCCAAAGAUGGUUUUGUGCAACAUGUUCGUCAGACAGUUUCAAUGCCUAAGCAGUGGAUGCUCGACUUUAUUGACGAGGGCAACCCGAAACCGGCUCCUUUGACGACGCAAGAGCUAGAGCGAGCCGCUGCAUGGGCUAAUUUUCUUGAAUCCGCCAGUGAUGGUGCAAAAGCGGAUUACGCUUACCAGCCAUUGGGCUCAAUGUCGACCCUGUCAACCCGACUUGUGAGGCUUCUACCAGCAGAAGACCUGGAGGAUAUCCAGUUGGUGAUAGAAUGUGUGGAACUGGACAACUGUGUUAGCUAUGAAGCGUUGUCAUACUGUUGGGGUGAUGCUUCGGUCAAGACGACCAUUCGUUGCGAAGGUGGCGCAUUACAUGUCACGAAGAAUCUGAAGGCCGCUUUGCUCUACUUACGGAAUAGGACAGCAGAGCGACUUCUCUGGAUCGACGCCGUGUGCAUCAACCAGGAAGACCUGCAGGAGCGUUCACAGCAGGUUGGCAUCAUGCGUGAUAUAUACCGGAAUGCAUCCGGAACUAUUGUGUGGCUCGGCGAAGAAAAUCAAAACAGUGGCCUCGGGAUAGAGCUCUGUGAGAAGCUGCGUGAAUUUUUCAAGGAUGAAGGGAAGGAUCUGAAGACCCCUGAGAUGCAGUUCAAUUAUAGGACGCCAUGGUCACUGAAUCACCAAGAUCCUUUCAACCCAUCAUAUGCGCAAACUGACGAAGGCGAUUUCAAUAAAAAAGCGAGGAGUAAGGAAAAUGAGGAAAGAGAUGAAAGUGAGAACGCCGAAGACUCUAAUGUAGAUCUACCUUUGCGCAUGAAUCCACCGAAUGUCUAUGAGCUCCUGGCGCUACGAGAUCUAGCUCGCCGACAAUGGUUCCGGCGCACCUGGAUAACUCAAGAGCUAAGUCUUGCCUCUAAAGCCACCAUGGUCUGCGGUCACCGCUCGAUCAGUUGGGAUACCUUCAUUUUUGGUUUCACAAUGACUUUCGUCAACGGAAAGAGAGCAUCGGGCGGCUGGCCUGAAGACGAAAACUUCAUUGGAGCACUUGCGCAAAUCCGUGAGUGGGUCCAUCGAUCAGAAUCCGUCCCAUCCGUCCAUUACCUUCACCCGGUAACACUGCUGGAUCUGUUGCACGACUGCCGCAUCUUUGAAGCCACGGAUCCGCGGGACAAAGUAUACGGGCUUCUCGGCAUCGCGCCUCCGGACAGCGAGGCCACCUCUGUUCAGGUGGAUUACAGCAAGAGUGUUGAGGAGGUAUACGAGGACCUUGCGAACUUGAUCCUGUCGUCAUCCGGAAACCUCGACCUUCUCUCUGUACCGCAAAACAAUUCGCAGUUCAGCCAGCGCCUGCCGUCUUGGGCUCCUGACUGGAGCCACACAGCAUCUUCAAGGCUAGAUCUCGUUUUCCCCACUGGCGAGAGAGCGAUCGCGAGCGGCCCGAUCCGUGAGUUCGCCGCGUCGCGGGGAUCCACGUCUAUUCCCACAUUUAAGGGUCGUCGCAUCCUUAUUAUCUCUGGUUACUUUGUGGAUAGCAUCACUCAGCUAUCUGAAAUCAUCCAGCCUCCCAAGCUUGAUCAACUCCAGAAGCAGAUGCUCGGCCAAAAGCUUGACGACAUGGAGUCUGUCCUAGAGGCUGAGGGGCUAGCGAGUAUGAGCACAUAUUUCGACGUGAUGAUGUUGAUCGAAGACUUGGCGCUAGGCAGCACCGAUGAUUCCAUAUAUCCAACCGGCGAGUUGCGCACGCGCGCUUUCUGGCGUACACUCUGCACUGAUAUCUCACCCAACCACCUUGAGUCUGCCGAGCAGGCCUUCACAAGCUGGCGACGGGCGAUGAAGGCCCCGCGUGUGCUGAAAAAAUACCGCGUCGAUAAGUUUCGUGACAUGUAUAACUACCUCGCAGCGGUUGGUUACAGCGUGACAGAUACCGUGUAUGACGGUGACGGGUUGUUCUUAAUGCUGAUGCGACCGGCGUUCUACUCCCGAUUCGCAAUUACCAAAAUGGGGUACUUUGCGUUGGUGCCACCGACGACGAGAGUCGACGACCAGGUCGGACUGUUUAAAGGGGGGAAGGUCCCUCUUAUCAUCCGACAGGAGGAUAACCAAUCGCGCCUGGUCGGCGAGAGCUAUGUCCAUGGCAUUAUGCAGGGGGAGGCCUUCGAUGAAACUAAGUGCAGGGAGCUGGAGCUUAUAUAAAUGGCCACACACAAGAAAAGAGGGGAACGCUGCCUGUUUAGGGGUUUUCACAAGUGCUUGGUUGCUGUUGGGGAUUUGGUCUCAAAACAAGCAUACACAUCAAAUUAUCGUCUCGUCUCACAAAACCCUCAGAUGGGCUGAGUCUCAACUUCUGAGAUUGGUACUCAAUUUGAAGUCAAUUCAUGACAGGGGGUUCCAAGUGGAAUUGAGGGAGCGAGGCCCUUUUAAUUACUUUCUGUUGCAGUACUAUUGCAGUGAGAUCUCUUAUUUAGGCAUAAUGCGAUCACUCUGCUUAGCGGGGCUCUGUGCACCCAUAUUCUGGAGUUCUCACACUUCACCUGAGCUCUUUUCUAGCCGCUUUUUAAUCAACUCUUUUACUUCAAAUGCAACUCCCCACUCUGCUUUAUUUAUGUG